UGUUUUUUUCUUAUAGUAAAUAAUUAAUUGACCUACUUUCCCUACCUUGCCUUUGAAGCACUUGUUUAAUUGGGAGACUAAAUAUUUUUUAGACAUUAGUUUAAUUAAUUCCUCUUAGUUUCUUCUUCCUUUUGAGACAAAAACUCUCUUCCCUUUCUCUGCACCGGGUUUCAGCCACACAACUAGUAUGCUUGAAUGUCCAGAGACAGGGAGAGAUUAGAAGAUGAGAUAGGGAAGAAGAUAAGGGGAUCAGAGAUCAGCACUGUUUCAGCUAAUUCCCAAAUGGGGAGAAGAAUUUCAUUUGCUCCUCCUGGGACUUUGAAUACCAUAACACCAUGUGCUGCAUGUAAGCUCUUGAGAAGAAGAUGUGCUGAAGAAUGCCCUUUCUCUCCCUACUUUUCCCCUCAUGAACCCCAAAAAUUCGCAGCUGUUCACAAAGUCUUCGGCGCAAGCAAUGUUUCCAAGCUCCUAAUGGAAGUGCCGGAAAGCCAAAGGGCUGAUGCGGCGAAUAGUCUGGUAUAUGAAGCAAACUUGAGGCUGAGAGAUCCAGUGUACGGUUGCAUGGGGGUAAUAUCAGCUUUGCAACACCAACUUCAAUCUUUACAAGCGGAGCUUAAUGCAAUUAGGACCGAUAUACUCAAAUACAAAUAUAGGGAAGCUGCAACUCAUAUCGUUUCAUCUUCAUUAGUUUCUCCUGGUGUGGUCUCCAUUGCUGCACCACCACAAGCAAUCUCUCCAUCUCCUCCUCCUCCUCGUCCACCGCCACCGCCUCCUCGUCCUCCUCAUUCGGUCGUAAUCUCUUCAUCUUCAACAUCGUCGACAUCUUCUCUAUAUACACCCUCCACGACCACAACAGGUUAUAGCUCCCUUUCCAGCGAUAAUGUUCCUUAUUUUGAUUGAAUAUAUGAUGAUAGACAUUAAUCCUUAAUUUAGACCCUAGUUAGCCCCCAUUUUCUGUAUCUGAUUUAGGAAUAAUAUUUAAUCAUAUGUUUAAACCGAGUAGAAAUAUAUAAUUUAAUUUAGUGGUUUUUUUUUUUUUCUUUUUUUCCUACCCCUUUUGCUUAAGAAUUAUGAUUGAGAAGUUUUGGGGAAAGAACGGAAAAGAAAUUAACUUGGAGUUCUACAACAAUAACUCCAAUUAAUAUUCCCAAAUUUCGAGCUUUCUUUCUCUCAUUUCUUUUCCAAAGUCUUAACACAGGAACUUGAUUUACGGGUUUGAAUUUAUCUUAUUAAUUACAUAUAUAUCAGUUAUUUAUAGUUUCAUGCUCAUAUAUAUGAAACUCUCUCUAUCUGAUUCACUAUCUAUUUAUAUAGUAACCAGGCAACCACUGAGCUAGCUAGGGUUUUGUAAUUUAUGUUUUUGGUUCAUCAUUUAAUUCUUGGAAAUUUGAAUUACAAAAGACUUUGAAAUUCAAAUUAAUGCUUCGAUGUGAGUUUUCAAUAUUUCCGUUUUGAUGCGGUAAGCUUUUUCUACUAAUAAUUUCAAAAUGUAUGAUGAACUUAAUUAUAUUCUGUUAGCUAUAUAUAUGAUCGAUCUUGAAAGAUUAUCACACACGUGCACGUAAUCUGCCACGAUUGGCCGUUGCAUGUGUGGGGAAUAUGCUUUAAUUUUAAAGUCAUACAUGGUAGUUUGCACCAGGUUUAUGAUUUUUAGUUGAAUAAACCAGAAAGCUUAUUAAUUAAAGUACUUAGUUGGAGCGAAGGGAAAAGGUAUGGUGCUUGUGAUUUUAAUCUCAUGUUAAAGUUUCAAGCUUUAUGAAAGUUCAGUAUUAGUUUGAGCUUACUUUGAGUUUCUCGUAAAUUAAUCAACCAGUUUACCUGUUUAGCCUCCUUAUGUGAAGCAUUAUUAUUUCCUUUUUUUUCUUUUUUUCUUUUUUUUUUGGGUUUAAUGAGAACACUCAAAAGAAAAAGAAAAAGUCUUAGCCAUUC